ACACUUAAAUUUCAGUCUUAGUUGUAUAAACAGUCGAUUCCUAUUCUAAUAAAAGUUAUUUACAAAUUAUACGAGACAGACACAUUGAGAGAGGGUCCAGCACGACAAGAUGGAUUUAACUAUAGACGAAUCAGUGGAGAAGAUGAUUGAGCGCAUGGAGAAUUGUGACAAAAUUCCAGUUGAUUAUAUGGAUCUGUUGAGUCAUCGUGUGAGGUGUCGCAAAAUCGAGAUCUUUCACUAUGACGACAAGGUCAGCUUCACGCCCGACGAUGCCGAGGAGGAGCAGGAGCUGAGCUUGGAUCAAUUAAUGAGCGACGAUCGCACCGACGAUGAGGAUCGCACCAUGAAACUCGUUGGCGACCUGGAUUGCCUAAUACGCCGCAUCGAGCAAAUGCAAUUGGCUAUUAAGCGUCGCAAAGACUUUGUACGGCAAAUGGAUACUAGUGGGGCAACCAGCGAGCAGGUGUCCUCGUCAGGGACGCCCAUGCCGGAGCUGGGCGUCUUUCAGUUCAAAGAGUGCAUGCCCGUUAGAGCUAAAAAGGAAUUGCGGCCGUAUCAGGAGCAGCUGGCCACCAAUGAGGUGGCCUUGAAUGAGCCAUAUCGAACCGUGCUCAGCGCUGAGGAGGAGUUGGAGGUGCGCAAUCUGCAGCAUGCCCAUCAUCAGCUGCAGUGCGAAAUCGAUGAGCUGAUCUGCAAUUAUCGUUGCAUGCGAACGCUGCUCAGCACGAUGCGGCGUGAGAUGUGCAACGAGAAUCGACGUGUACGCAAGCUGGGCGAGAUGACGCAAUCCUAUAAAGAAUGGAGUCAGAAGGUGGCCAAGGAGCUGCCCGUGUGCAAGCAGCGCUACAGCUGUAUGCUGGAGAAGAAGCUGUCCAAGGAGGAGGCCAAGCACAUCAUUGCCGCCAACUCGGCGAAGGCGGCCAAGUACACUAAAACCUAUCUGACCAAACGCCAGCUGAACUACGAGCUGCGUGAAUUUAACUUGGAGAUCAAGGAGCUGCAAGAGUAUACGAGCGAUCUGCACAACGAGAUGACACGGCGCUUUAUCAGAUUCGAGAAAGAAGCUAACGGCAAAUGCGGCAAAUUUUGUGCAAAAAUCUUUUGAUAUCUGGGGAAGUGUCGCACGA